GACCAGGAGAAAGUCGACUUGCUGAGGAGAGCUACCCAGGCCCACAGGGAAUACACUGAUAUGGCAGUAAGGGGGAACGCAAUCGACCGCCACCUCCUAGGCCUGAAGCUUCAAGCUAUUGAAGACCUCGUGAGCAUUCCCGAGCUGUUCAUGGACACGGCCUACGCUGUGGCAAUGCACUUUAAUCUCUCAACCAGUCAGGUCCCAGCAAAGACAGACUGUGUGAUGUGUUUUGGUCCUGUGGUUCCAGAUGGCUACGGAGUCUGUUACAACCCCAUGGCAGACCACAUCAACUUCGCAGUUUCGGCAUUCAACAGCUGUGCUGAAACAAACGCAGCUCGCAUGGCCCAUUACCUCGAGCAAGCACUGCUAGACAUGAGGAUAUUGCUCCAGUCUACUCCCAAAUCCAAACUAUAAGAGGCAAAUAUAAUGCAAAAGCUCUAAAGGGGCAUUCUCGCACGCACUGAAGUUCCAGUUCCUCAGAAAAUGGCUGAGAGGACUGCUUGCUCAACAGGAUCCUAGCAGAACAUCUACCAUUUCUUUUCAGCAACA